UUUUUUUACGUUAUUAUAAAAUAAAUUAUUUUAAAAUUUAGAAAUGAGAUAUAUUUUAAUUCAGAAUGAUUCGUUCUUUGGCUCCCAGUAAAAGAGGUAAACGUCCAUUAUUAUCCGAUAUAUCCAACAAUUUGACAUUGUCUCCAGUUGUAUCAUCAGUUCAUCAAGUAAAAAAAAAAAUUUGCUGCAAUGUCAAAAAUGUAGAAAUACCAGAAUAUAAAGCAGUUAUUCUUUCAGCUAAUGAUGUACAAGUUACUCAAGAAGUAAUUUCUGAACAUGAACAACGGAUGAAAAAAAUUCUUAAUAAACCAUUUAAAAUACCAAUUCCUGGUUAUCAAUUAUCAGGUCGUGCAUUGGGAAUACGUUUAUCUGGUCCUCGUAGACCUUUACAUGAUCCUGAUGAAGCUAAUGCACUUAUUGUUUAUUCACCUUCUGAAUUAUCUGAACAUGAAAAAUUAAAAAUUGAUUUAUCUAAACAACUUGUACAUGUAGUAGUAGAUCCUCUAUUAUGUAAUAUUUUAAGACCUCAUCAGCGAGAAGGUGUAAAAUUUAUGUAUGAAUGUGUAACAGGAAAACGGAUUGAAGGUGCUUAUGGAUGUAUUAUGGCAGAUGAAAUGGGUCUUGGAAAAACUUUACAAUGUAUAACAUUGUUGUGGACUUUAUUAAAACAAGGACCUGAAGCUAAACCACUUAUAGACAAAGCUAUUAUUGUUGCUCCAAGUUCAUUAGUUAAAAAUUGGUAUAAUGAAAUCUUUAAAUGGUUGAAAAAUAGAAUUCAGCCACUAGCUAUUGAUGGUGGAAAUAAAGCAGAUAUUGAUACAAAACUUAUUGGAUUUAUGAAAACUUAUGGUCGUAAAUGUGUAAAUCCUAUACUAAUAAUUAGUUAUGAAACUUUUCGUUUACAUGCACAUAUUCUUCAUCAAGAUGAAGUAGGACUCAUAUUAUGUGAUGAAGGUCAUCGUCUAAAAAAUUCUGAAAAUCAAACAUAUCAAGCACUUAUUAAUUUAAAGGCUAAAAGAAGAGUAUUACUCAGUGGAACACCUAUUCAGAACGAUCUCUUAGAAUAUUUUUCUCUUGUGCAUUUUGUUAAUCAAGGAUUAUUAGGAACAGCACAAGAAUUUCGAAAAAAAUUCGAAAUACCAAUUUUACGUGGUCAAGAUGCUGCUGCAACAGAUGCAGAACAUAAACUUGCUCAAGAACGUUUAAAAGAAUUAAUAACCAUUGUGAAUAAGUGUCUCAUUAGACGUACUAGUGCAUUACUUUCAAAAUAUUUACCUUUAAAAUAUGAAUUAGUGGUGUGUAUAAAAAUGGGAAAAGUACAGACUGAUCUUUAUAAAAAUUUUAUACAAAGUGAUAGUAUUAAAAAAUCAAUGGAAGAAAAUCCUGAUAAUUGUAAAAAAGGAAAAAGAGAAAGUCUUUCUACACUUUCAGCAAUUACACUUUUGAAAAAAUUGUGUAAUCAUCCUGAUUUAAUAUAUGAAAAAAUAUUAGAAAAAUCUGAUGGAUUUGAAAAUGCUGCAAAAUUAAUGCCAUCAAAUUAUAGCACAAAAGAAAUUCUACCAGAAUUAUCUGGAAAAUUAAUGGUAUUAGAUUGUCUUUUGGCAUCUAUUAAAACAACAACAAAUGAUAAAAUUGUAUUGGUAUCUAAUUAUACACAAACUCUUGAUCUGUUUGAGAAAUUAUGUUAUAAACGUUGUUAUAAUUAUGUUCGAUUAGAUGGCACUAUGACUAUCAAAAAAAGAUCAAAAGUGGUAGAAAGAUUUAAUGAUUCAAAUAGCAAUGAUUUUAUUUUCAUGCUCAGUUCUAAAGCUGGAGGUUGUGGAUUAAAUCUUAUAGGUGCAAAUCGUCUUGUCAUGUUCGAUCCUGAUUGGAAUCCCGCAAAUGAUGAUCAAGCUAUGGCCAGAGUUUGGAGAGAUGGUCAGAAAAAACCUUGUUUUGUAUAUCGAUUUCUUUGUACUGGUACUAUCGAAGAAAAAAUUUUUCAAAGACAAGCACAUAAAAAAGCAUUAAGUUCAACAGUUGUAGAUCAAGAAGAAGAUGUUGCAAGACAUUUUACCUUAAAUGAUUUAAGAGAUUUAUUUAAAUUAGAGGAAAAUACUAUAUCAGAUACUCACGAUAAAUUUAAAUGUAAAAGAUGUAUUAAUGGUAUAGAAGUAAAAGGGCCACCGGAGCAAUCAGAUUGUAAUUCAGAUUUAUCAGAUUGGAGACACGUUCAUAAUCCGCGAAAUUUACCAGAUAUACCAUUACGGCAAUGCUGGUUAAGCGGAAUUUCAUUUGUUUUCUAUCAUCGAUCGCACGAACAAAUUAAAUAAAAUUAUAAUUUUUAUGAAUAUUUGCAUAUAACAUAAUUAAGAGAAUAACAUUUUUUAUACUGCUACUUUUUAUAAAAGUUAUUACAUUCAUUUAAGUUUGUAUACAUUCAUUAACAAAAUAUAUAUAUAUGUUUAAUGAUAAAAAUUAA